UUUCACCUCAAACAAUCAUUCAUCGCCAUGCCACAUGCCUUGGUAUCAGAGCAGCCGUCGAGCUUCAACGACGAGAAGCUGUAUGUGAACGACGGUCUUCUUCACCCAGAACAGGUUGGUGCUCUCAUACCAUCUUCGCCAGAUCUCCCAGUCCAGGAGCUACGCCGGCGGUACAACGAAGAUGGAUAUCUAUUCUUGAAAGGGCUACUGCCGCGUGCAGAUGUUCUAAGAGCUCGAGAAGAAUACUUCAAGAUGAUGUCACCAAGCGGCGUAUUGAAACCCGGCACCGAGCCUGUUGAUGGCAUCUUUGAUGAUACGAAAGACGCAUCAGACUUCCCCGGCAUUGGAGCAGGCGCAGCUCCAGGAAACGGAAAGCCAGGCGAAGGAACAGCGGAGAAGUUUGUCAGCCUCGCCCUCCAAGCCCACUACGAGGACUGGUACAAGGAGACAUUCUGCAAACACUCCAUUUUACGAGAGACCAUUGCAAAGAUUUCAGGUUGGGGCGAGAAUACUUUCGGAGUCCGGAGAAGCUUAUUGAGAAACAACACGCCCGGUAAUAAAGCGAUUGGAGUGCAUUAUGACCAAAUUUUCCUGCGCCAUGGGGAAGAUACAAGUUUCACAGCUUGGGUUCCCAUGGGCGAUAUUAGUCUGACGGGCGGUGGACUCAUUUACCUAGAGAAUGGUCAUGUCUUGGGUCGAGAAGUUGAAACCGAAUUCACAAAAAAAGCCAAAGAAAGCGGGCUUUCUGAAGAGCAAGCAAAGUACGCUUUCAACCAGAACAUGCUCUCAACAGGGCUACUGUCAGAUGGCCCACGAGAGUACAGUGACACCUUCAAUCGUAGGUGGCUGGUCACUGCUUACGAGGCGGGUGAUGUUGUCCUUCAUACACCGUAUACGAUUCACGCAUCCACUAUAAAUAACGACCCGAAAAACGUUAUACGUGUGGGUACUGAUUUAAGAUUUGUGGAUAAGAGUAGACCGUGGGACACAAGAUGGGAUAAGUAUUAUGAGUUCAACGAUGGAGUUUAG